AUGUCUCCGCAGCAGCCGCCCGACGGCGCCGCCUCCCCGCCGCCGUCCGCCUGCAGCCCGCCGGGCUCCCCGCCGCGGAGGCCGAGGGGGCGGCGGGGCCGCGGGCGGGCGCGCAGCGAGGCGGCGCUGAGCCGGCAGAAGCGCAGCCGGCGCAUGAAGGCCAACGACCGCGAGCGCAACCGCAUGCACCACCUCAACUCGGCGCUGGACGCGCUGCGCGGGGUGCUGCCCACGCUGCCCGACGACGCGCGCCUCACCAAGAUCGAGACGCUGCGCUUCGCCCACAACUACAUCUGGGCGCUGACCGAGACGCUGCGCCUGGCCGACCAGAGCCUGUUGCCUGGCCGCGAGCCGCCGGGCCCGGCCGGCGCCUGCCUGCUGCCCCUGCCCAGCCCCGGCAGCGCCUCGCCCUGCGACUGGGACUCGCUGUGCUCGCCCGACUCGCGGGCCGGCAGCCUCAGCCCCGCCGGCUCCACGGAGGAGGCGCGCGCCUACCCCGCGCCCUGCCUGCGGCACAGCCCCCGCGCCUGCCCGCAGCUCUCCUGAGCCGCCCCCUCUCCUGCCCCUGGGGGCCGCCCACGCUCCAGGCGCCAGCUCUUGCCCCUCACCCGCUUUGCCUUAAACGGAACGGGCCUCGUCCCUUCUCUGUGCACUUUUCAGGCUCCUGCUAGAGGCGUCGACGCGGGGCUGCUUGGGGCACCGACGCUGCUGAGCUCCGGCCCGGCCUGGCUUGCAAGAAGCAGCAGCAGCAGCAGAAGACAUGCACCCGGGUGUAAAUUAUGAGUCGCGUCGCCGCUGUUUGUAUUUAUUGCCCUGUCUCCCAACGCACAUCUCUAUUUUGUACACGGCCUGCUGCUGUCAUUGUUCCGCGCCCUGGGUGGGCAGGGCAGGGCGGGUGCAGCACGUUUUAUAACACCCCCCCCCCCCCCGCACCACCACCAGGAGCCACCCCUGUCGCGGGGGGACGCAGGGGCCCGGCUGAGUGCACCCAGGGGCUCCCCAGGGAUGGGCAGGUGUGGUCUCGCUCCGCGGACCCCUGUGUUCGGGGCCCGGCGAGCUCCCGGGGGUGGGGGACAUCGCGCCGCAGGAGCUGGCCCGCCGGCGGGGCACGGGCGCCCCGAUCGCAGGAGGGACGAAACUCGGCAGCUGCGGCCUCCGGCGGGGCUCCGCGUCUCAGCGCCGCCCCCGGCAGCGGCGUCAGAAACCCGCCGUCGAGCAUCUCCGUGCGCCCCGCACCAGCCCCGCGUCGCGCGGCGCACCACCCGGGGGCUGCCAACGAGCGGCCGCAGGGAGGCGGGGGCAGCUCGAGGGGAACGGGCUCCCAGCGGCCUUUCGCCGCUCUCGCUUGUCCGCCGGGGCCUGACAGAGCUGCGGGCUUGCCUCCUCACUGGGGGGUCCCGCGCCUGAGGGAGGGGAAACAGCUUCGAGCGGUGCGCGACUGGGCUGUCGGCGCCGCGAUCUGGCACCGUCGGAGCCCUUGGGCCCCCCGCGCCUCAGCAUCUUCACUAGCCAGGGGCUAGGCUGGCU